AACGUGUUAAAUGUUAUUUUAAAAUGUUUCAGCUUAAAAAAUGCACAAGCACGGACCACAGUAUUUGGAGAACGGUGAACGUUUAGGCCUUACUGCCCUAAUACUAAGGACUAUUCAUCGCAAUGGUGGACCUUUAUCUAAAAUCCCUCGACUUGGCCCAAUUGCAGCAGAGGAACUACCAGCAGCAUUCAUUGAAAGACAUAUGGACAGUGAUUUACUUUUUCAAAGUGAAUUUGAGGCCCUACCUGAUAGUUUUAAGGACAGAACAACUCAUGCAUCGGAUGCUCCCGAGAAUAUGAAUAAAAAUAGGUAUCCUGAUAUUAAAGCAUAUGAUCAAACAAGAGUUAGAUUACCAGUCAUAGAAGGUAUUCCAGGCUCUGAUUAUAUCAACGCUAAUUUUAUAGAUGGCUAUAAGUCAAGGAAGAUGUUCAUUUGUGCUCAAGGUCCUCUUGACAGAACUGUAACAGACUUUUGGCGAAUGCUGUGGGAACACAGAGUUACUGUAGUUGUCAUGCUUACUGGUAUUGAAGAACAUGGUCAGGUUAAAUGCGCUCAGUAUUGGAAUGACAGUUGUACGAAGGAAAUUGAGAAGAUGUUUGUGGUGACGGUUAUAAGCACAAAAAGAUAUUCUGACUACAUAGUUCGGAGGUUCAAAGUGGAAUACACGAAAGAUGGUUUAACAGAAGAACGAGAAGUGUUGCAUUUUCAUUUUGUUCUAUGGAAAGACUUUUUAGCUCCAGAGCAGCCAUCUUGGUUGCUUCGCUUUAUAAAACGUGUUAAUGAACAUUAUUGUUCAGAUAGAGGUCCUCUUCUAGUCCAUUGCAGUGCUGGUGUAGGUCGCACAGGUACUUUUGUAGCCAUAGAUAGUCUACUACAGCAACUUGAAGAAGAAGGUAGAAUAGAUGUAUUUGCACAUGUAAGCAAUUUACGUCAUCAACGAAAUUUUUUGGUCCAGUCACUAAAACAAUACAUUUUUGUGUACAGAGCAUUAAUGGAACAUGCACAGUUUGGUGACACAGAAAUAGAAGUGAGGCAUCUGAAAGACCACUAUGAAUUAUUAAAAGAAAAAGUUGGUGACACUGAUAAAACUGGCCUUGCGAUAGAAUUCGAGAAACUAGGUGAUGUUAUUGAAGAUCCAAAGACUUGCUGUGUUGGCACUAUGGAUAUGAAUGUAGGAAAGAAUCGAUAUGAUUUUAUUAUUCCUUAUGAUCUUAAUAGAGUCAUUCUACCACCUUCUCCUUCUAGAGAUCAUUCUUCCUAUAUAAAUGCAUCUUUUAUUCAGGGUUAUGACAGAUCUUUGUCUUUUAUUAUAACUCAAGAUCCUUUAGAAUCUACAGUAAUUGAAUUCUGGAGAAUGAUAAAAGAACAGAGCAUUACAACUCUAGUAAUGCUUUCUGAAAUUGGAGAAGGGCAGACAAAGUGUCAGCCUUAUUGGCCUACUGAAGGAGAAGAAAAAGUCUGUGACUACAUAAAAGUGACUUUUGAAAGUAGUGAGAAAUUUCACUUUUAUACAAAACGAGAAUUUUUAGUCAUUAAUACAAAGUCAAAAAGCAAUGAAAAACAUAAAAUCACUCAGUUUCAAUUUCAAGAAUGGCCUUGUAGUGCUGGUACAGUUCCUGAGGGCACACUGGGUUUACUUACAUUAAUAGAAGAUGUGCAACAGAACCAAGAAAAGCAAAUAGGAAGUGGCCCCAUAACAGUUCAUUGCAGUGGUGGAGGUGAUCGAAGUAGUGUAUUCGUAACUUUGAGUGUUCUCAUACAGCAACUAAAAGCUGAGGAAAGAGUGGAUGUUUUCCAAGCAGCACGGUAUACUCGAUCGCAGAGGCAUUGUAUGCUUCAAACACUGGCACAGUAUGACUUCUUAUAUCGAGGGUUAUUAGAGUACAUUAUAUCCAGGAAUUUGUGUGACAUGGGCGAUACACAACUAUGAUUCUUUAUCAUGAAAUAUUCCAUCCAUCAUUUACUGUUUCUCUGCCUGCCUUAUCUGGCAAUAAUUGGACCUCUGUGGUCUAUGCUGUCCAGCCAGCAAGUCUGGUGAAGUUGUUGCUCAAGUUGAAGAGUGCCAUUAUUAUGGUGAUUUUUGUUAAUCACUGAUUGGCUAGUUACAGAAUGGUGAAUAUCUGUACUGCAAUGAAAUUUGUGGUUCUGAUUUAAUAAAGUUUAUCAAUUAGAGUUGAUAAAGAUUUCUGCUUGAUUGUGAAGAGAAUGUAGACAUGUAUUCAAUCUUCAAAUGAACUGCAGCAAAAAUGUAUAGCCAUUAAUGGACAAAAUGUCAGUUGUUCUGUGACAUUUUUUAGAACUUUCCAGGACAGCAUUUUAGGCAAUAUUUGAGGAUAUUGGUGCAAUUGCAUCACUUACAUACAUAAUCCAUGACUUCUUAGAAGGCUGUUAAGCUAUGGUGCUACAAGUUAUGGAACAUGGAUGACAUCUGAUGCAACAGAGAGCAUAAAGCUUUUGGCUUUCUACACUUUGAGAAAAAUCAGCUCACUGUGGAGUGCCUAUAACCUCAAUCUGCUGCAUUAAUCAAUUUUGCCAUUAGCGUGACAGGUGCUUUGACUUAUUAGGUGUGCAUGUGUAUGAAAGUGUUUAGUUGUAUAUAGUUUAUAUUUUGUAAUUAUUGCUGUGCAAGACAGCCUUAUGGUUUUUGUUAUUACUUUAUACUACUUUUAUAAGGAAUGAUUCCUCUUUAGUGAGGUAAUAAAAAUAGACUAUAAAAACAGUUUCUCUUAUGUAUGUUAUUUAAAUAUGUUUCUGUCCAAGUUAAGUGUUAGUCAACAUAUGAAAAACUAAAGGAGUAUCAGCUUUAGGAUUUAUACAUACACUAUUGGCAGCUUUUAUUGCUGCCAGAACAUCUAUAUUAAUGUUUUGUCAUUUAUAUUUUGAACUUUUAUUUGGAGAGCAACAUAUCAGAUUGAAACCAGUCAGUAUUUUUCAUAUAGUAAUUUACUUUUAAUUCUUGGCAUGUGGCUCUCAUGACUAACUUAAAAGAACGUUUUUGAACACCAGCAUUUAUAACUUCACUCUUUAAAAAGGAAUUUCAGGAUUUCAUAUCAGAGUUUACACACUUAAAUGUGCUUACACAUGUUCAUGACAGCUGAAGUUUUAUUUUUUCAUUUCUUUCAUUAUAGUGCAACAUCAAGUUAAGGACCACCUAAGAAAUUGUAAUUAUUUUGUACACUAAUGUAAUUAUUCAUAUUAUUUCCUGCUUCUGUCUUAUGAUUGAAUUUUCUGUAAGGUUUCAUUUUUUGCAUGGAGGCUUCUCAUGAGAAUGAAAAAGAACAUAAAUUGUGCCAUAUUUAUGGAGAAUGAAAGCUCUUCUCCUACGAUUUAUUUUUCAAUUCAGUGAUUGCCAAAUUUUUUCAUUUAAUAACUAGAAUGAUGUUAUGGUUAAACUUGUUUCUUUGUCAUAAAUUAUUAAGUAUAAUAUUUUGGCACUGAGUCAUGACGUGUAUUUGUGCCAGUCAAAAUUUUAUGUAUAUAGCUUGCCAAUCAUAAGAAUCAUAAGACAGAAUUUUAAAACUUUUUUUAAAUUUGAUAUAACUAUUAAAUAUUAAAAUUGGUAAGCUAAUAGUCUAACAAUAUUUAUAAUAUUCAUUAGUUUCAAAACUGGUUAUUAAAAUUGUUAACCAAAAAAAUAUAUUUUGUGACCUUAUAAAAAUUUUAAGUCAAAUUAUUGAUUAAUAAAAAUAUUAAUAUUACCUAGAUCUUAAACCUGUGUAUUUCCGGAGAUUUAAAAAAAAUUCUUUGAAUUCAGUUUGUAGAAUAAUAUUAUCAUUUUAUGAAUUAAAAGCUAAAUUCUUUAUGAAAGCAAUAUGUUUCAGGCUUAUAACAUGUUGUAGAUUUUUUUGGGCUGAUUUUUGAAUUCAGUAUAGUUAACCAUGCCACAAAUUUUAUUGGUAUAAUAAAAACUGUGAGAAUAAUAUCUUUAAUUGCUUUUUUGGACAGUAAUCCAUAUUAUGCAGCAAAAAAAUUGUCUUUGGCACUUUCCAUGUAUAUGAUAUGGCUCAUCCCCAUAUUCUGUCAAAUGCAAAUUUCAGAUAGUAGUUUGUUAGUUCCUCUUUCCUUUUGGUUAUUUUUUAAAGUUUAUGGGAUACUCCUAAAAUAUUUCUACCAUUAAAAUUCUCAGAAAUUUUAAUGUUAAUAUAAUUAAUUUAUUUUUCACACUUAUAUAUUCUUUAGCAUGAAUAUAUAUUCUUUAGCAUGGUAAGCAAUUUAUUGCACUGUAAUACAUUUAAAAUUAAGUACAAAUAUUAAACAUUUUAAUAGAGUGUUUAUUUUUCAAAAAUAGUUUCAGUUCAAAUAUACUUCUGAGAAUUCUUUUUUAACGCAUAUUUUUAAAUGAAAUUGAUUAUCAGCAUCAUUAAGGCUCUGGAAUUUUCAUGCUUGCAAGGAGCUGUGCAAAAUUUGUUUUUCUCAAUAUUAGCUGAUGAGGUAACUUUUCAACAUGUUCCCAGUGACAUGCAAGCUGCCUCUUUGUUAAUCUAUCUAAGAGCAUAAAAUAAAAGAUAGUCAGAGUUUUAAAGUAUUGCAUGAGGCCAUAUCUUUCACUAAUAAUGUAGCAAAAAUCUUUGAAAAUCUAAGUGUAACACUUAUAAUUGUUUGGGUAGAGAAAAGGGGACUUGCUGUAGUCUGAAAGUUGCCACUUGCCAGUUACAAGUUAAGAAGACAUUGUCAUAGUAAAAAGGAAAUGUAUGCAGUCUGAUUUUAUAAUAAUAAUGUUAGAAUAUCAAAUAUAUAUUUUAUGUUUUAUUAACAUUCCAGUCCAUGUUCAUCUGGCCCAUUUUAAAGACAGUACCUAAAGUCUUCAAAUUUUGCUGAAGUAAUGCUCUAUGUUUGCAGUAGUAUACAGCAAGUAUUGGCAGCUAUAUACUCUCCAUGGUAAUCAUGAAAUUGUAAAAGUUUUUUUUUUUUCUUUUAAUAAGGACUAUCCAUUAACAAAACCAUACCAAUGCUAGUAAGUCUGUGUAAUUAUGUUGGAAAUUUAAAAAUUGCAUCCUAAGUUGGACCAAGUUUAUGAAUUAACAUGUUGACAACCAGUCAAGCAAACAAUGAAUUUCUCAUGUUGAAAUAUAUUAUAUGUUUGCAUUUUUGGUCAAGUUUGAUUAGAAUGUUGAAAAUAGUGCACUUUUCAUGCAUUUUCCUGCCAUUAUUCAUGAUGUUUGUUUAUAAUGCAGUGGCUGCUCCUAAGAAAUACAAUCUUUUAGGUUUUCUUGCUAAUUUAUUUGGUUAAUAGAGAGAUUUUUUAAUAUAAUUACAGCUGAGGAGGCUUAUAUACUAUUGAGGACACUUUUGUUUAAAGAAUACCAUGUUCUGUCUGGAUGUCUUCUAGGCAAUUUGACUAGCCAGUGCUUUGAAGUAAAUUAAUCUAAGAGAUAGCACUGCUUCUAUAGGGCUCCUUUAUAAGUCUUAAUGCAUCCUUUUAACAUUUGAUUAAAGUGUUCUAGAACUGCAGACAAAUUUACAUGUAGUUUUUCUGUGUUAAUUCUGUUCUUUCAUUGUAAAUUUAGUUUUAAAUUUUUUUUUUUUUUUUUUUUUUUUUUUUUUUUUUUUUUUUGUUUGUUUGUUUGUUUUUGUUUUGCAAAUGUAGUAAUUGCAAAAUUUGAUUCAAACAAUCUCAUAGCAGUUUCCAUAUUGAGAAAUCAAACUAAAUUGUUUUCAUCAUUCAAAAUGUGUCAUCAUAUUUUUCAGCUUCUAUUUAUUUUGGUUAUUUAGACAUUAGUAGCAAUGCCCAUCUUGGUUGAUAUGGUAGGUAGCAAAGUUGAAUGCUAUAUCAUUGGUCCCAGUUUCAAAUUCCUAGGAAAACCUAGAAUUUCCUUUUGUCAAUUUCUAAUGUCUUUAUCACAUGCAGGGCACUUAAAGUCAGCCGAAUCGAAAGCCCUCUUGAGAGGUUGGAGGUAGAGGAAAACUAGUGUAAGACCUUCGGUUUCCGUCCCAUGAGUUGUUCCACAGAAACAUUGGGAUAGAGCUGGAAAAUAGUCAAACUGUUACCAAUUUAGUGCCCAAGGUCUUUGUCACUUACAAAGUGAAACUCUUCUCUACCUUCUGGCAAAGAUGAUUCUUAGACCUGAUCUGUAGCAGCAAUAAAAAAAAUCUCAGUUUUUUUUUAUUGCCUCAGUCAUUGAAAACCAGCCAAAGCAGCUUUUUUAUUAUUAUUAUUAUUAUUAUUAUUUGAAACCUUAUCUUGUUUCUUUCUCAUCUGCAACAUUGUAUUUUAAAUUUGGUAUUGAAUAUUUCCCACCUGAAAGCUUGGAUGUUAGCAACAGCAUAUAUGCAUAAAUCAUCAGAUUCUUCUUUCUUGAAUGUUGCAUUUUAAAUAAAACUAGUGAAAUAAUAUUUGUAAUAUUUGUCUACUGGGAUGCACACUUGAAUUCUUUGAUACUAGAUUAAUAGGUAUAAUAUAAAUAAUUAUUUAUAUUUUUUGUAUAGCAGGCCACAUUGUCUCAUUGUCCACAUUGUCAGAGUACACAUUGUACGUAUUUGUAUUUCAUAGUAUUUUAGAUAAUUUACUAUAUUUCAUGCUAGCAAUGAAAAUAUAUAGAUAAGGAGAAAGAGAGCAAGUGAGCAACAGGAUAUAUUGGUAUGGCUGUAGCUUCUUUGUGUAUGAGAAUGGACAGAGAUUGUUAAGGAGUUAUACAUGGAAGAUAUGACAGAUGCAGUGACCCUCUAUUUAUCACAUUACCAAGCCUGGGAAAAAAAUCAAGAUGCAAAAAAUUCUUUUCGUUUUAAAAUUAAUUUAUACAUUAUUACAGUUAAAGCAGUUUUUUAUAUUCCUGGUAAUCACUAGAUUUACCUGUGCAUAAAGUGUUACUGAUGUAUGGGCAUGCUUAACAACUAUUUCACAAUACUGAUUUUUUUUUCCCUAUCUCUUUCCGUCUUAUUUGGUAACCAAAGAAUGGGAAGUUGGUUAUCAUCUCUAUUUGCAGAACCUUUUGAAAAGUACCAUCCAAAGUACUGCGUCAGUGAAAUGUGUUGCAUUUAUCUGGAAUUUUUGUGAAACAUGCAGGCAGUGUAAUUUUAAUAAAUUAGCUAAUUAAGCGGAUUAUUAAUUUUUCGUGCUUAUUUCUUGUUAUUCCAUAAAAAUAUUUCUGUAUCAAACAAGGCAUUUUAACUUUUUUAAAUUUCAUUUUUAUCAUGUGUAUAGUGAUUAUCUGCAAGCUACCUGUUAUUUCGUUUUAAACAGAAGAUGCUGCAAACUUUCUGACUGAAAAUUUUUUGCUAAGUUUUGCUUCAUAUAAGAUUUCUGACUUCAUUUAGCGGAAGCAGGCACUGCAAACGUUUACAAUCUAAUGCCCACAUUUGCUUUCCUAUUUUAAAAAUUCUGCUUUCAAUAGCAAAUUUAACGGUUAUGUAAGGAUUCAAGAAAGAGCUUUGUAUAAUUGGCCUUCAUCUGCAAAAUAUCAGUUAUGGAGUGAAUUUAUUUCAAGUAGUAUCAAGUUAUAAUUAUUGUUUAUGUGGCAAUUUAUGUAACGCUUUUCACGACAGGUUAAUGACGCACAUCUUUUGCGUUAUUAAUAAGUCGUAGUUUAAGAUUUUGAAAGAAAAUUUUUUUGCAUAAGAUUGCUGUGUAUAUAUUAAUAAAUCUAGAAAUUGCAAUAAACAAGUCAAACAGGUGGAUUUAUAUCUAAUUUUUUAAGCACAGUAUUUAAUAAGGGACUUUUUGUUGCUGCAUAUGAAAUGUAUCAGGGUGAGCUAAAUGUUUAGGAAAGAAUCGGACGGCAGAAUUUCAGAGUGGCAGGCUUUGCACCGGGCGGUGUAAAGUCCAGUGCUAGCCUUGUGUAACAUUAACUUGUAUGCUGUUCUGUAGAUGUCUUUAUCUCACAUCCAGUUCUUUUCCUUCUUGGCAAAAUACUGGUUUACCGGAAGCGUUUUCAAUAUCUGUUUUAAAAUAGAUUUAAAGUAAUCUACUACUAUUUCAUAUUCUUUGUUGUAAGAAGUAUAAUAAGAUAUCUGUUCUGCUUUUCUGCCAAUCUCAUAACAAUAAAAUGAACGGACAGUUGCAACUCAUGGGAAAAAAGCAUUAAUUUGUCACCGUUAGCGGUUUGAGGAAAUGUAAGAAUGUGAGAUUUCAGAAUAAUACCAAUUUAAAUUCCUGUAAUUUUUCCAUAAACCUUUCACUUCAAAAAAAAAAAAAAAAAAAUGUGGUUACUGGAAAUUUUUCUCUUAUUCCAACAAAUGCUUUUAGAAUUUGGAAUGCAUUAGAACCAAUAAUGCCGUUAAACAAAUUGUAUAUAAUAAUAAAGGAAGAAAAAUAUAGUUUAGAAGUUAAUGCUUUUUUAAAGUUAGCCAUGCUUAACAGUAAAAAGUUGUCAGGUAGUAAUUAUUAUUUAAAUGCCUAUUGAUUUAUUAAAUGCAUUUUUAUAAUAAGUUAAAUUUAACUGGGCGUGAAAUAGGGAAGAAAGGGGAUAUGAUUAGAGUUAAUGCUUUCCUAAGUCACGAAUAAUAUUAGAGUUUUUAGGUAGUUAUUAUUAUUAAAUGCUUGCUGAUUUUAUUAAUUUCUUUUAAUAAUUUAUUUAUUUUAAAUUUAACUAAAAAUAUAAGAGGGAAAGAAGGGAGAUGUAGCUCAGAGAUUAAUGCUUUUCCAAAUUAGUCAUGUGUAAUAGUAAAGAAUUUUGUGAUAAUUGCUAUUUAAGUUCCCAGUGGUUUUUUAAAUUGUUUGUAUAAUUUAUUUAUUUUAAAUGCAGUAAAGUAGACGACAGUGGAGGUAAGGUGAUACGGUUCAGAGAUUAAUUAUUUUCUAAAUUUGUCAUGUAAUAGUAAAGAAUUCUCAGAAAAUUAUUACUAUAAUUUACUUAUUUGAAAUGCGACAAAGUAGGCUGCUGUGAAAGGAGGAAGAUAUGUUUCAGUGAUUAAAAUGGUUUUAUAAAUCAAUUGCGUAAUAGUAAAGAAUUAUCCAUUGAUUGUUAUUUAAGUGCCUGGUGAUUUUAAUAAAUUUGUUUUUAUAAUUUAUUUUUAAUUCAACUAAAUAAUGAAGAGUGAAGGAAGAGAGUUAUGGUUCAGUGAUGACUGCUUUUCUAAAUUAGUCAUGAGUAAUAGUAAAGAAUUCUCAGGUAAUGAUUAUUACCAUUUAAUUAGCUGUUGAUUUAUUAUUUUUAAAAUAAUUUGUUUAUUUUAAAUUCAUCUAAGUGUGCAACAGUCAAGGAAGAGAGCUGUUGCUCAGAGAUUAAUGAUUUUCUAAAUUAGUCCUGUAAUAGAUAUACUUUCUCAGAUAAUUAUUAUUGUUAUUUUGGUGUCAGGUGAUUUGUUAAAUAUGUCUUCAUAACCAGUUUAUUUUAAAUUCAGUUGGGUAUGUAUGCAAAUCUUUAUCAGCUUCAGUUACAUAAAGCACAAUUCUGUUACUAAUUGUUUUCAGUUAGAAAAGUGCUCGAUGAUUGCUAGAAAUCUGUAAAACUGAAUUCAAAAUUUUUGUUAUUUCUACUUAAUUGACCAUGCUAUAGAAAGUUGUAGAUAGCCACAUGAACCUAAUAAUCUAAUAUUCUGUCAGAUUGUUUGAAUUUAUGUGUUAUAUCCGUCCUUGCCCAAACCCACCUUGCACAAGCUAUGUUGUUUUUUCGUAAAAUUCGUUAAAAGAACUGGUUACUGAAAUUUCGAGUAAAUGAUAAGUUUUCAUUUGUGUGUAAAUAAUUUCAUAAAUGUUUUAGUAUUUAUAAAGAUGAAUGUGAAGAAUUUUAAGAAUUUAAAAGCUUUUUCUGCCUGUUAAAUAAUGAUGGAAAAGUCAUUUAAAUGCCUUUUGAAAUGUGCCAAUAAUGACACAAAUCCAUGUCACAAUCAUAAAUGAUGUAGGACAGUUAUUAAAAUUAAAAAUCUGAUUAUAUUAAUUUGCAUUUUAUUGUAAUUUCAAGUUAACAGACCUGAAAGAGAAUCGAAUUUUUGUGUCUGUAUGACUUGAAAGUAAUUGAAAUUUUAGAAUAAAAUCAGAAGCAUCUUUAUCUUUGUUCCAUUGAAAAUGGCCAUUUAUGAUGAUGUAGUACUGUUUGUAAUGUAUCAUCUAAUUUCAAUGAUACUCAUUUCAUUUACCUUUCCCUUAUGUAAAGCUUUGUACUUAAUAAAUACCAAAAAUUGUUGCAGAGAAAAAUAAUUGUUUGUUUAAAACAAUGCUACUUGUUUUAAAAAAAAAAGUGCAUUUUUAGUAAAUGCAUUUUACUUAUUUAGCUUUCUGUACUUAUUUUGUUCUUAGUGUUAAAUUGUUAUCCCAUAUAUCAUUUUUGAUGUAGAAUUCAAGAAAUGUAAAAGACACGUUUUUUCGUACCUUGCUAAUAAUACCUUAUAAAUAUGUUAAAUAUUUAUGAUUCAGUUUUUGUUUUCAGUGUAUCUUUUAUAUCAUUUUUAUUAGUAUAGUUUGUUAUUUUGAAAUUAAUGAAUACGUAACAAUAAAUAUAUAAAUUUUUAUUAGAGAGUUAAUUCAAAUGUAUUUUUAAAUAAGUAUAUUAUUUAUCACCUUGCAUCCCAAUGGUGCUCAGGCUGUAUGCAUUUUGUAUUCAUAAAGUUAUGAACGUAAAUUUUUUAAUUUUGUAGAUUUAAUCCUAUUUUUAUAUGCUUAAAAAUUGUAUUUAUUAGCAUGUAAUUGUCCUUGAAAAUUUCAUUUUAUUUCUUAAAUUUGGAAGUUUGUUACUGUCAUAUAGCUUUUUCAGCUUCAAUGUAAACAAUUUUUAAUUUUUGCAAAAUCUUGUACAACUAAUAAACAUAAUGUAAUUUAAUUUGCUCUUAUAUUUAACCAGUGAAGAAAGGUGAUGAACAUAUUUCAGAUAAAUUUGUAUGCAGUAUUGAAGGUUACUUUCUUGCAUUUAAAUACAAAAUAUCACUUAGUUUAUAGGUUGCUUUUUUUGUCUUGAUUUAUUACAAUGGCAUCAUUGUCUGAAAUUACUCAUUUAUCCAAGACCUGCAUCUCAUCUGUUUUGUGCGCGUAUGUGUAUGUAUGUGUGUUUUGUUUUAUGUUAUUGUUCAAGAUGCUAGAUAUUGUGCUGCAUACUUAUUAACAAAGCUAAGUUGUUUCCACUCACAUAAUAAUUUUGCUGUUUAUUUAUUAAAAACCAUGCAUCAUUCAAUAAAAUGCUGUGAUAAAUUAAGAAUUUUUGUAUGCCACGAAACAUUUUCAAUGUUUUGUUUUUUCUUUUCCUAUGUGAAUUAUUUCAAAUUUCUUUAAGCAAAAAUAACAUUAUAUCAGGUAAAAUAUAGAAUAAUUGUCUCUUUUACAUUUUUAGUGAAGAAAAAUGCAAUUGUAUGUCUUGUGAACAAGUGAAUUUGAAUUUUCAUAUAAUUUUAUUAUGUUCAGAACAAAUUAAAAGUUGUGUGGUUUGAGUAGAAGCAGAUAAGAAAAUGCUAUCUGGCUUGAGUAGGAACUCUGUGAAUGUAGUACAAUAUUUCAAAAAUCUCAGAAAUCUUUUUCCUCUAGUAUUGCGUAUCUUAAAUUUUCGGAAAACUGAAACUUCACCAGGCGUUCGAUAUUUUCACUAGCUUUAUUUAUUUAUUUUCUUCACUUAAUAAGCACUGCAAGAUAAUGUGCCUUGUGUGAAAUAUAUUGCUAAUAUUUUAUAACAUUUAAUCAUCUGAUUUGUUAGAGAUGACUAGUAUAUUCAUAAACAGAACAGUUUUCAUUUUUAUGUACUUUAUUUUCUUGAGCUUAAUCAUUAUUCACUAUCAUGAUGUAGGAUUCUGUCAACCAGUACUUGCAAGUUUGAGAAUGCUGCAUAACUAAGUUGAUCUCAUGUUAUUCAUUAUGCGAAUUCUGCUUCCACGAAUAUUAUUUGAAGUACCAGCUUUACUGUAACUUCCUUUAUUGUAUAACUCAAGUUUACUUGGUAGUUCUAUAAUUCCUACACAAUUACGAUGAAUUAUUUUACUUAAUCGCUGUGAAAAUUCUUUAUUAAAAAAUUGUUUAAAAAGUUCCUUCAAGUGAUGUAUUUCAUAAUUAUCCUUCUGCCUUUAAAAAUUUAUAAUUUUAUGUCAAGUAAAAUUAAACAAUGCAAUAAAUAAUUUACAUUGAGAAAAAUCAAAGUUAAGAAGUAGUUAAGUUAAAAUUAUUUCCCAAGAUACCUUAAGCAAUAAACUUUUGAAUCAUUUUUAGCUUAAGGGAGUAAUUUCCUGUAAGUAUUUUUAUACAUUAGAUCAAAGACAAGUUUUAUGCUUUGGUAUGACUAAACAUAUUUGUAUGAAGAUAAACAUCUCUUCAUUUGCAUGGAUAUUUAAUCAUUAUACUGUAGUUUUAAGCCAUCACUGCAUGUCUUUGGUGUCAUUACUGUGAAUUAUUAGUCUUAUCAAUAUGGACUAUUUAUAGAAACUGCCAGGCAAUGUGGCAUUUUAUUAAUCCAAAUAUUCCUGGCAAAAUAAUUUGUAUUAUUUCUUGAUCAAUACCUUAAAUAAAAUUGCAAAAUCUCAAAACGUUUAAAUCUGGAUGAAAUUUUAAUGUUUGUAAUAAAAAAUGUCAUUCUGUUUGUAAUAAGAGCUGGUUUGUGACCAUGUUUUUAGUCUUUUGAAAUAAAACUACUUUAUUGAGCUUUUCUGCUUUGUCUUGGUUAAGGAAAGUAACAUUUAAGGUUUUUCACAAUAUGUAUGAAUUUUAAAAAAUAUGUUCAUUUUUCAAAGGGGAGAUUUUUCCCUUCACAUCAAGUUCCUAGAAUUUUGUUACUUAUUUCAUUUAUAUGUUAUGGAUUGGUUGAUUAUUUGAAUAUCUUAAGGCACACAAGAGUUGUCUGUUUGUAUACCUCAUGGAAGGUGGAGCAAGUUAGACCUAAAAAAUAUUUCAAACAUUUCAUUUCUCAAAAUCUCUAUUUACUGACGAAUUACUACCUGUGUCUUACAAGUAUUAGUUUAUUAUCUUCUACUGUUUGGUUAUAGCAUAAUAGUUUAUAAAAUAUGUUACACCAAUAUACAGGCUCAGCUGUAACAUUUUUGACAUUCUAGACGAUUAGUACUUAUAGAGCACCGUAUGAGUUUACGAAGCAUUAUUAAUGUUACUUAGGCUUGGAACCUGCCAUAAUUAUAUAUGUAUUUAUAAAUUAUUCUUAGAAAUAAAGGAUUAGCUACUGCACAAACUAUUCUUUUCCUAAAGAAGCUUCUGUGCAAGUGCUUAUAAAGCAUAAGUGCUCGUAGGCAUAAUGAAAUUAAGUAUAAAGAAUGCCAGCAGCAGUAAAGAGGUUUUAAGAAGGCAAAAAUUGGAAUCUUAACAUUCAUACUUUGCAUCAGUAGUAAAAGAUGUAACUGUAGGUGUCAUUUUCGAAUUUCCUAUUCGCGUUAACCCCCUCCCCUUUUUUAACCGUCUGCUGCUUUGAUGUAGUUUUACAGUAUAGUUCAGUAUCUUUACUGUGAUUAUAAUAAUCUGUUAACAAUAGUUUUACAUUAUUGAAGUAUAUGAUCAUAAUACUGAAGUAGAAAUGUUACAAAUGUGAUAAUAUGAGGAAUAACAAUCAAAAUAUCAGUUGACAUCCUGUUUACUUAAGGAAUGAAUGUUCCUUCUACUACUAAGUACAAGUAUCCCUCUUAUAACACGGUUUCCUACAACACAGUUUAGCUCUUAAGCGAUACGAAAAUUGCGAACACCCUCUUCUAGCACGACAGCACUGUUUCAUUCUAGCACAUCAGUGAAUAUUCAUAAAGCCUCUUAAAGCACUUUAUUCAUAUACAUAUUUUGAUAAUGCGAUUUUUAUUAUAAACGUUUACAAAAUUAAGUUACGUACUACGCCAUCGUGUAGAACAUAAUAAGCUAUUUAUUUAUACAUAAAUAAAAUAAAUUUCCAGGAUACCCGCAUUCUCCCACAUCAAAAUCCUGAUACUGAGUCGUACCCAUCAUUUACAUAGUAUUUAUCUUGUGCUCCAAAUGUCCAUUUGUAAGAUGGCAUAAAUUACGUAUCUGUGAUUUUGAUAAAACUUUUUAAAGAAUAUUUGGGGCAUGUGUUACGAAUUAAGAUUUGUCGUUUUUAGCAGUAAUUAUCGCAAUAUUACAUUUCAGUCUCAAACUAUGUCUGAAAAUAAGAAAAAAACUUUUAAAAGAAAAUUUAUUUCUUUGUAGAUGAAAAUACGAAUUUUGAAUCGUGUGUUAAAAAGGAGGGAAGGCAUCUGACGUUACAAAAAGUCUGAAUUUAAAUAAGGCAACAGUCAGAAUCUUAAAAAAAAAAAAAAAAAAAAAAAAAAACCGUUUCUAGUACACAUCCCUUUAUUUUGUAUUCGUUGUUAGUCUCGUAUAAUACGGUAUUUUCUGAGAACCUAUCUACCGUGUUAUAGGAGGGAUACUUGGUAAAAAAUAUUCGCCUCCUCUUUAGACGUAGUUUUGUUCUUUGCCUAAAAAGUAAAACUAAAGAAUAGUAUGUAUUAGUUUUAAAAAGAAAUUUACUCUUAUUUAGGUAUUUGAAUGGACGUACUUUCUCUUAACAUUGUUGCUGAAAAGUUUAUAAAUAUGCAUAAUCUGCGUUGCGUGUAGGAAAAAUAAUUUUUCAUGGUAUUUAUUAAAAUGUUUUGUGAAGGAACUCUGUAUUAAGAUGAAAAACAUAUAGAAUAUUAAACAACUUCAUUAGUUCGAACCUAACCUUAAGGCGAGUUAUUGUAUGAAGCUGUGCUUGCUUUUCUGAAUACAUAAUUAUUAAUUACAUAAGCUAAAAUCGGUGGACCUAAACGACUUUUUUUUAUAUAUUCGAGUUAAUUUAGCACUCAUUUCCCCACCUUUGGUCAAGCUUUCCUUUUAUUGAUGGAAAUGCGUAAAAUAUAUAAGAAAAACUAUAGCAAAUAAGAAAAUUUUCGUCAAUGAAUUUAAAAGAAAAAAUAAGCGCAUAAAAUAAUAAAAUGAGGAUAGCUAAUUUUUAAAAGACACUUACAACGUGCUUUUAUUUUGUAGCUCUAGAGCAUUGCAAAAUAAGUCUGUUAUUAGUCGUUUUGCAAAACAUAUCCACGUUCUCUUUUAAUACGCUUAUGCUUCUGUAGUGAAGGUUUAGUCGACCGAGCGAUCAAGUCCCUGAACGGUGGUAGUUCGGUCCGAGGUUCGAUUCCCGCGUACGGGCUGGCUGCAUGUACGUUUUCUUGGUUUUCCCCUUGUGUAAGCGUGUUAAUACGAGCCAGUUUCCAUUAGAAAGUCCUUCACGAAGGCAUCCCUCCCUUCCGUGUAGUGCCUUAGGGUGGAACACGUAAAUAAUAAUAUUGGAGGUUUAGCGACUGAUCUUCAUUUCAUGGUACACUGGCGUUUCGUAUUUUUUUAAGAUAAUGAUCAUUAUUAUAAUGCUGUUGAAUAAUAAGGAGUGAAGUUAGUAAUACGUAAGUGUUAAUUCGACGUUUCAAAAGCACCAAGAAUUAGAGAUGUUCCCAAAACUACAGUAAUUUCCAAAAAUAUUUGUACAUAGAGUUUCAUGCUUGAUAAAUUUAAGCUGAGCAUGAAAGUAAUAGGCUUCUAUACGAAGUAUGUAUGUUGAUGUUUGCUUCGAAACCUUUGGUUUUAUAAGUAUUUGUGUAGGAAUGGUUCGCAGUGUCUCAGAAAAGAUUAUAACGAAACUCCUCACGAGCUUGCAUAAUAGAAGCAAACGUUUAAAGAUUUCUAAGGUACUUUUUUAAAUAUAAUUAAGAAAUUUUGCAUGUAUAAUUAGGACUUUUUUUCUGAAGCACCCAGGAAAAAUUGCUCUCAAAAUCAAUACAGCAACUAUCUACUGCAAACUAGGUUCCCCCCUUUUGCCUAAUUUUAAAAUAUACAUAAUUGCUUCAUGACAGACUUUAAGUCUCUCUUAAAUUUUAUUUAUAUUUAUUUGAAACUUUAUUUAUAUUAUUAAAAGAUUUUCAAAACUGAAAAGACAUAUUUUUGUCCACUUUAGCUGUUAAAUAUGGAACACUUUUAGAGCAUUUCUUUUAAAACUCAAACUAUAUACGUAAAACAAAAUGUAGAAUUACUUCUAAAUUGGAAAGAAAAUUUUGUGGUUAAAAUUUAAUCAAUGUCAGUGUCAUUUCUGUGACUGAUACGCUAGAGGUUUUCUUGUUUAUGUUUUAGUUAUUUAUUUUCUUAUGAGGAGUUAUUUCAUAGUAAAAGAGCAGCGAUUUAUUCGUCAGUUAUUCUUUGAUUACAAGAUUAUGCAAUGAUGGAAUUUGUCAAAAACUUCUAGCUCUCUGAAUUGUAGAAUUUUGAAUACGAGCCUAAAUAUUUAAAUAUAUAUAUAUAUCCAUGAAUUAAAAAACGAGAUAAAAAUCUCCAUUAGUUCAUACUAUGUUGGUAGUCCUGGAGUACUUUCUUAUUAUCAAUCGUUUCUACGGCUUGAUUAAGCCAGUUUCAGAUCCUAGGUCCGAAGCCCUUAGAAUCCACUUUUACAACAGAAAAACAGGUUUGUAGGGAAAUAUAGGCUUACAAUAUCUAAAACUAGGCUUACAAUAUCAUAGGCCCAGCCCUUCUGGAUCUGGGCACUAAUCAGGCCUUGACCGUUUCUGAAUUUAUUGUUGUUAUUCUAUAUGAGUUAACUUACACGAGAAGCUAAUUUUUUGUAGGAAAAACUGUGAAAAAUCAGUAGCAAUGUAAAUAAAAUGCUAGAAUUUAAGAAUAAUUUACAUAAAUGGAGAAUAAUUAACAUUAAAUUGCUUUAAAAUGCAAUCUAAAAGGUAAACUCGGCAGCACAAUCCAUAGAGAGCCAUGGCUGGCAGUACCCUGAUAUACGCUUUCUAGACCGUGGGCUCCGGGGUGCUUGUGCAUCUUAGCCUGGACAAAUGGUCAACUUGCACAGCUUGUCGCAGGACCUCCAGUGUUUGGUCCCCAAGCAAAGAAUAUGUUCCAGACGUUCUUUGCUUGAGGACCAAAAAACGUCUAGAACAUAUUCUUUGCACCGAGGGAGCUUGGUUCUCAUUUUAUCGACUCACUCACGGAUGAAAGGCUGAGUCAGCCUUCCUCAGCCCGGGGAUCGAGUUCCAGACCUGUGGUGCUCCUGCGCGACGCGCUAGCCACAGCGUCACCGGGGGGCCUCUUACAAUGCAAGCACUGUUUUAAAAAAAAAUUCAUGAUUUAAAACAUGCAUGCUUUUUAGAAUUCAAUAUAUCUUACGAAAUGUAACAUUUCAUGUAAUAGUCUAUAGUAAAGUGCAAAAUAUAACUUUCUAUGUAAUAUUCUAUAAUAAUUGUGCUAAAAAUUAUAGAUGAGUUCUGUUGCUGUUGAUAAACAUUUUGAAUGUGACGCUGAGAAACGUGAAUGGACGUUAAUAAACAUUUUCAAUGUUUGUUAACGUCUCUGUUAAGAUAUUCUUUAUUUUGAUCUAAUUUGUCUUUGUAAUUUCUUCCAAAUGAAGAUUGACUAUGCUUGAUGAAGCGAAUAUUGAAAUUAAAUAAAUUUGCCUCGUUUAUUAUCAUUAAAUAUCAGCUUAGUUUUAUACUUAUAUUUUGCUAUAAUAUUCAGUACUAUAUUAUGUUAUGUAAUAUACAAGCUAUUUUUUCUGUGCUAAAUACAGCCAAUAUGAAAACCAAAUUAUUGAUUUGAAAACUAAACGUUCCUCAAAGCGUCUGCUGUGCCCAAGCCCUGUUAAUCAAGUUUAUUUAAAUUUGAAAAUCAUUAACUACUUACUUUUCUUAGGAAUAGAGUCGAGUUUGAAAGGCUCGCUUUGUUAACAAAAACUGAGCUCAGUAAAUUCAAAAUGCUGUAUUCCGUCUGCGUUGAAACUACGAUCGGCUAUAGACAUCAAGUGUUCAAAUCUUGCAUCUUUAAAGUUCGUUUCUUAUGUGAAUAGGUUAGUUCUUAUUUUAAUUAUUUGAACUGGGAAGGGGGCAUUUAUAACCUAAAAACGUUAUCUUUAAUAAUCAUCAUGCUAAAAUCCUUGUCUUAAAAGUCUUUUUAAGAGAAAAAAAAGAUUACUUGCAGAAUAACUCGUAAACGAGUAUUUCCUAUUCAAAGAAAAGUCUUUUUUUCCUAUCAUAAGGUGAAAUAUCAUCCUAGUAUGCUUAUCCUGUCACUGUGACAUUUUGAUUUUAGAUUGGCUGCUUUAAAAUAUAUUAUUUUUAUUAACAGUGGAGCCAAUUAUUAUAUCUAGAAUAUGUUAUUACCGUAAUUUUUCAAAUUUAAUUAAGUAACAUAAUUUGUGAAACCGAAUAACUGUCUUUUGAUUCUUUAGUGUUAGAUUUCUUAUAUAUUGAGUUGGCCUAGAUUAUUUAUUUUCGAAAUUAACUUAAUUACAAAACUAAUGUAAAUAUUGGUGCAAAGUAUAAGGAUGUUGCAAAAUCAAUUUACAUUUUAUCGUUUUUUUUUUCACAUGAAACAUAUUAUUACAGAAAUAUUUAUAUUUUCUUUCUAUAAAAAUUUUAUAAUAAUGCAUAUUUGCAUAAAUAUUUCUAUAAUAUUAUACACUGAAAACGAUUUCUCAAAUUCUGUGAGAAUCCUACUCAAACCAAAAAGUAUUUUAGUCAGAUUUGUCUAGUUAUGCUGAAAGUAAACAUUUUUAUGUGCAUAUGUUUAACAGAAAUGUCAUACUAUUGAGUUUUAUGUUAUUUUUGUAAAGAAAUUUUGCUAUACCUGACUGAACUAAAUUGUAUUCAAUGCUUUUGUCCUUUACGGAAAGCUAUUUAAAUAUUUAAAACUAUAAAAAUCAAUAAAAAAUGCCUGUGAAUAAAAUCUACUUUAAAAUUUUUUCUGCAGCAUACUGAAAAGCUUUAAUUAUGGUUUCAAAUUUCAUAGAAUUAUUUUAGUCUUGAUUUGCAAUUAAUAUCUAAAGAUAUCAUUUUCUUCGUUUUAAAUUUGGUAUUGUUAUAAGUUUUAACUCACACCAUUUCAUAUUGUACAUAACCAUUUAUUACUUUGUAUUUAAGCAUGACUAAGUGCACUGCUAUAUAUUAGUUAAUGAAUAUUGGGAUUUGUUCUGUUUCAUCACAGCGUAACUACGCAACUGUCUACUUGAUGAAACUGGUUCAAUGUACUUUCAGUGGCUUUGGCGAUAUAUAAAUUAAUUCCUAUUUAAA